CCAAGCGCUGACCGCAAUUCGUUGGGUGGGAGGGGACGAACGCAAGAGGAUUAUGCCAACGUCUCCCGGCGAUGGUGUUGUUAGAACGACCACAGGGGCUCCUGGUCCUUCUCCCUCGGAUACCAGCAGUUCGCCCGCGGCAAGCGGGAGCAGCGGAGCCGGAACCACGAGCAAGAAGAGCUUCGCCAGCAAGAACCUGAACGCCCUCACCAAGGCCCCCGCGGUCCAAAGGGGGUCCGACAGAGCCGGAGAAGUGGUGCGUCCCGCGUUCGGCGCUGGAGGCCGACUCUUAGUCCUCGGCACCAAGAAUAGGGACGCCGGCGGGGCGGGCGGCCUGUCCACCCCGGUGCCCGUCAACACCCCUAGCCUCCGCCGAGAGAACAAGGGCCAGGACAUCAGCGUGCCGCUGGUCCCUUCGGGAGGUAUUGGCUGGGGCGCUGGCAAGGUUACUGCGCCUGCUCCCACCGUAGCAGAGCCAGCGCCAGCAGGCCCCGCGCGCGAUGACCGCUCCGCUCCUCCGAUGGCUGGAGGAGGAAGAGGUGGGGGCAACGGCGGGGGGGAAGGGGGCUACGGUCACGACAACCGCUCUGCGGGCCCCACGAGGUCGUCCCGGUGGCCGAACAACGACGGCGGCGACGGUGGCGGCGGUGGCGGCGGUGGCCGAUCAGAUCCGAGAAGCUACCCGCCUCCUCGUGCACCAUCGGGACGGCCUCACUUCGGCCAACGGGGCGAUGGGCCGGGGGGUGGCGGUCGUGAUGGUUCUCCCGCGGGCAGAGAGAACGGGAUGGGGGCGGGGGGGUACGGGGGUCAAGGUAGACUUGGCGGCGGGCCCCCUGGGGGGGGCGGGAUGCAGGGCCACUACCUGAGGGAGAGCGACUUCCCCCUGGAGAUGGGCGGCGGCGCUUCGAGGGCGGAGAAAGCGCCGCAGCUGAGGCCGAGAGGCGGUACGGGGCCUGACACUAGCCAAGGCAAAGGAGACCCCCCCCCGUUCGCUUCGCCUUCAGGCGGGUCGCGGGAGGGACAGCAAACUCGAGCAGCAGCAGCAGUUGGACGGGCAGGAGGGAAUGGCAAUAACUCGCCCUCGCCCUCCUCCCACGCCAUGGCACCCUCCUCCGGCCCGCGAGAUCUCGACGGUAUGCCUAGCCCCCUCGGAGGGGGGAGGUACGGCGACGGCGGUGAUCACUUCGGCCACCACGGCCCGCCGUCCGUUCCGUCCCGGUUGUCCGGGAGAGGUGCAUCGCCCUUCGGCUCUCGCCUCGCCGGGUACGGCGGCACGGCGAAUGAAUCGGCUAGGGGGGACUACACUCGCGGCGGGGGCGGCUACGGGCACAAUCAUCACAACGGAGAUUUCCGGAGCGGGGGAGGAGGGGGUGGCCGCGGGUGGUCCGGGGGUUGGGACGGAGGCAGGGGGCGGGAGUGGGACCGCGGGCGAGGGCAACCACCCCCGCACCCGCGAGAGCGCGAGUUAGACUGGGAGCACCGCCGGAAGUGGGACAGAGAUAGAGGUCCUGAGCGGGAUCGCGGGCCAGACAGAGGGGGCGGUGGCGGCCGAAGCAGCCGGGAGUGGGGCGAGCGCGAGAAUCGGGGGGCCGGGCGGGGGUCGUUCCGCAGCCCGUCCAUGACCGGGAUGGCUUCUCCUGACCCUUAUUCCUCGUUGGGGAGGAUGUCUCGGCGCCCGCUUGAAGGAGGCCAGCCCAGCGGGGUUGCGAGACCCCCGCCAUCAUCGCCGGCUGCUGCGCCCUCCUCUGCCCCGGCCGCGGGUGCGGCGAGUUCUUCCCCGGGUGCGGCGCAACCUCCGACAGCGACGGCGGUGGUAUCUGAAACGAAGCGACCAAUGAGCGAGGAGGAGAGGAAGAACCACGCCGAAGCCGUGGCGGAAGAAGCCAAGGCGUUCGCUGAGCGUGAGCGUCGUCUAGCGGAGAAGAGCGACGAGGUCGAAAAGGGCGUGGCGCUGCGAGCAAGGAGGGAACUCGAGCGCCUCCGCGCCGAGAAGGACAAGGGUAAGGAGAAGGACCAGAGCAACGCGCGUUCACGAACAGACGGCCAAGAGACCGGGUCUCGGCAGCAGGAGGGUGCGGGCAACACGGAGGAGGGGAGAGGCUACGAGCCCGACGAGUACGGAAGGGACGACCCUUACCGCAGGCAGGAGGACGUCGAGAGAGAGCGGGCCGCUCAGCAAGCGGCGGCGGCCGCGCUGAGCCCCGCCUUCGGACCCAUGUCGUCGGCCGAUCGAUCUGCCUCCGCGUGGGCCCUAGCGGGGGGGGCGGCACCGCCGCCGCCGCCAAAGGCAAGACUUAAAGCCGUGAAAGCGGUGCUCGGGCGUGGGGAGGAAGAGGCCGUCGAGGCCGGGACCGGAGCUCGCGUCAUCCAGAAGCGACAGGUACCCCCCGCGGCGGUGGUGAAGGUGGCGGCGGAAGAAGCAGCACCGGCAGCUGCGGAAAAGGUGGCGUCAGAGUCCCCGGCCGUGAAGCCCGCGCCACACACCAAGAGCCGCACCGCGGAGCCUUCCAAGCUCCUGCUCUCCGGAAAAGGGGGUACCAACCUCCACGCCGCGGCCGCGGCGGGCGGUAGGGGCAAAGCCCCCCCUUCCGGGGGCAAUUCCGGGUCUUCUGUGUCGUUGCAGUGGCUCACCCCACGGCACGAAGGCGAAGCCGGCGAGGCGCACUCCCGCUCCCAGCGUGGGGGGCAGGCGGAGCACAAUAGUGGCGAUCCGUCGGCGCCGCCGGCGCAUUGUACUCCUCCUUGUCCGGCUUCCGCGCAGGGCGCGCGGAGCUUUUCGAGUCUUUUUGCAGGUGCUGGGCAGCAGCAGAAGCAGAAGCACCAGCACACGGGGGCGCAGCGGCCUGGGGAUGCGGGUGUCGAAGGGCAGAUGUGGGAAGGGGAGGGAAGGGAGAGUGGUCAUGAUCAUGAUCGAGAUUGGCCGGAGGCGGGGCGAGGUCCGCCCCCCCCCCCCUCAAGAGAACACAAGCAGAUUUUCGACCACAAGACGGGGAAGAUGCGAGACGUUGAGGACAGCGACAAGCUUCGCGCUCCCAGCGACCGCCCGCGGGGCCCGCAAGACGCCCGCCUAGACGGCCGCACCCCGACGCAACAGCAACAUCAACAGCAACAGCAACAUCAACCCCGACUUUUGCAAUCCUCCGGCAACGGCAACGCUAAGAGUGGCCAGCACCACCAGAGCCCACGCCAACAGCCGAGCUCGCGAGGAGGGCCAAGCGGGCCACCUUCGGACUCUCCCCAAACGGGGGGACGGGGUGCCAACGAUGUGGCCGUCGCGGCAGAGUCGCCCGAAAUGCGGAAGGUGGCGGGGCAGGCGCAGUCGCUCCAGCAGCAAGACUCGCGGUUCGGCGGCCACCUCCCCUCCUCCGCCACCGCCGCCGCCGCUCCGCGGGAGCACGAGGGAGGGAGUGGCUGGGACCAGAGGCGCGAGUUCUCCGGAGGGCGUGGCAGGGGUGCUGGUCGGGGGGGCAGGGGAGGCUGGGAUGAACGGGAGGGUGGUGGGUUGGGGAGGGGGCGCGGAGGUACGGGCAGGGGUGGGAGGGGUGGGGAGGGUGUCUUCGUGCGAGACGGAAAACCCGGAGACAAUAAGGUGUGGGAGCGGGGGGUACAACAGCCUGUCGUCGCUAGCGGUGGCCGUGGGGGGGUUAACAGGGAAGAGGCGUGGGACCGGCAGCAGAAGCACGCGACUUCCAGCCGCCGGAGAGCAUCACCGCUCGACAACCCUCCCACCCCUGAUUCGUCCCCUUCGACGCCUGCCGCCCCAAGCCCUUCCACGAGCGCGGCAUCGCGAGGCGGCGGCGGCGGCGGCGGCGGCGGCGGUGGUCUUCGCAUUGCUCACCGCCCUCCUCAGCCUGAGGCGUCACCUCCAUCCCCGGCUUUGGCUACAACUGCCGUGUCGGCAUCGCCGAAAGGCGACUCUGCUUGGGGGGGAGGCAAAGGGACCACCACAGACACCCCCUUGCCGCAGCAGCAGCACCAGCAGCAGCAGCACCAGCACCAGCAACAGCCGUCGUCUAACCACCAAGAUUCUUUGGUUGCUUCGGCGGGCACCUCUCUGGUGAAAGGCGCAUCGGUGUCGGUGUCUGGGGGAAGCGCCGGCACCACAAGCGGCAAUGAUGCCGCUGCUGCCGCUGCUCUUGAGAGCCGGGAGGCGAUCCGGGCGAGAGACGAGCGGGAGAGAGACCUGGCCGUGCGGCAGCGGAAGAGCAUGAAGAUGGACUUAAACGCCGCCAGUGCUCCACGGGAUGCUGCUGGUGUCAAACAGCACCAGCAGCGUCCCAAACGGGAUGGCCACGACAAGAAAGACGCCGAGAAGGCGCGACGCGCGGAGCGUGACAGGACACGGAGGGAAAAGCGUCAUGAUGAUACGGAACGCCAACGCAAUCGCUCCGAAGCAGGGGGUAGAGCUAGGAGGGAGGCGAGGCGCAAGGAGAGCAGCGAACGCCCCCCGCGCACCAGCGGAGCCCUCUACCGCUAUGGUUCUCCUGAUCUUGCGCCUGGUGGAGGCUCAGGCGUGUCGGAGUAUGUCGUGUACGUCAACGCCGAUAUUCCGGAGGGAGCGCCGGACCCAUUGCAGGCGCGCUGGAACGCGAUGACCGAGGAAUCAGAUCGAGACCACGACCGCGAUCGGUCAAGACUUACGCGCUCCUCGGUCGCCUCCUCCACGGCCACCUCCUCCUCCUCGUCCUACAGCAAGAAAGACCCAAGAGAGAAGCACCACACACACGAGUCCGCCCCCCGCAACACUAGAGACAGAGACGUAAGAGCCUCGUUUCCGACCAACCCCGGCGCCUCGGGGGGCAAGGACAGACACAGCAACGGCGCUGCGGGAGGAGGGGGAACUGCCGUAAAGGAGAGGAGGGAUCAGGCGAGAAAUGAGGUUCGGCGCAACCAAAGCCAGCAACAAUCGGCACCCAUCUCGUCAGGACCAAGAGAAGGAGGAGAAGGAGUCAAGGGCAAGGAAGGCCUUGUCUCAAGCGCGAGAGCGGACGGAGCCGGACGGAACGCGAGAGCGCGGGACUUUCCGGAUCGCGGCGGCGGUGAACACGGCGAUCGGGAGAAAGGUCGAGGCAGGAAGGCCACCGGUGACAAAGAGGGUGCCGCCGCCGCGCUCAUGAAAAAGCAAGAGCUAGCGAAAGAGCAAGAGGAGAAGGCAAAGGAGGAGAGGGAGAAGCUCAAGGAGACUAGAAAGGAGCGUAAGAAGAUGAAGCGAGGAGGGGGAGAGGAAGCAACCGCCGCACUGGCUGGUGGUGCGAGCGGUUACACCGGUUCGGGUGUCAGCGGUAGCGGUGGGGGCAUGGGCAUGGGCAUGGGCAUGACACCAGGGCGAGUGGUGGUGGACAAGGACUGCCAUUUGGGCAUGAAUGUCAACAUGUCCGAGUUUGACACGGCAGAAUUUGAGGUCGUCAAGUCCCGCCGUGAGGUUCAGAAGGAGCGCAAGGAGCAGCGGGAACAGGAAGAACAGGCUGCCGCUCAAAAGGCGAUGGAAGAAACCGCCGCUGCGCGCAAGGCCGCACACCAGGCUGCCAGGGGCCAGAUCAAGGCUCAGCUCGAACUCAACAAGGCUGAGACGCGGAAGGCGACGGAGGUGAAAGCGAAGGCCAAAGCGGCCAAGGAUGCCGCCAAAGCUACGGCUGCGGCCGCCACCGCCACCGUCGCCAGUAUGUCCGAACAGGAUAGGCGGUCUGACCAAGAGGCGUCGUCGAGGGAAAAGGCCAACGCGAGCACUCAUGAACCACCUGCCCCGGCAGCGACGACCAGCUCCGCUCCCGUAGCCUCCGUGAAGAGGCAAGACAAUGGGAAAUCCCCCGUUACGACGGCAGUAGCAGCGGCGGCAGCAACACCACCUUCGGCCCCUACCAGCUCCGUACCCUCCCGCGCGGGUCACUCUAACGCGAGGCCUGACGGAGCGUUCCCUGCCGAACCAGCGUCAAGCCCAAAGGCGACGCAAUCCAGCAAAUCGCCUGUCGUCCUACCCCCGCUUUCACCGGCUAAGACCACGCGUCCGCUGUCACCAGCGAUUCAGUUUGGAAGCGUGGGCGCAGAUAAUGGCGCGGGAUGGUCUGCGACGCCGAAGAACGAAGGUAAAACACUCGUUGACUGUGCAGGCGCCUACGCCGAGAGCGGGGGGGGGGUUGCGGACGGGGAGCGGUCCGGGCUGCCAGCAUUUGGUCCAGAAACUACGCCGGAAGUCUGCGCUCCAUCGAGAAACGGCGAAGCUGGGCCUUCCUCGGGCGCCUCGAAGAGCCGCCACGAUGCCCCGAGGCCGAACGUCCCGCGACCAGGCGACAAGUCACCACCGCUGGGCGAAGGUGCCCUCCCGGAAGUCGGCGUGGUCGAGCCUACUCGGGAGGUUGGUCUCAACCCACCUAGCAAGCAGCAACAGCCGGCGAGCAUCCUGAGCGGAGAGAACGACAAGCAGGGUGAAAGAAACGGAAAGGAUGAGACCGAAAGCACGCACUCUGACGAUCGUGGUGGUGGGCAAGAACCUGAAAGCGAUACCCGUGCUAGUCCUCCUACGUCCCCUCCGUCUGGGGUACAGCAGCCCGCGUUGAACCCAAGCUCGCAGUCGACCUCGCACGGGCGGCCACCCCCGGUGGCGGAGGGACUUCUUAGUUCGCCUAGCCUUGCGGGUUCGAUCCCAGCUCCUCACACUCAAGCCUCGUGGAAGCCAUUGCCAGUGGGCCUGGCCUCCGCCGUGUUGUCAACCGGAAACGGCGUAGCAGCUGUUGGCGCCGGAGCGGGGGGAUACAACAAUAAACCCCACAACAAGAACAGUGAGUGGGCGCCAGGCAGGGGGGGGUACAACGGGUUCGGUGCCGGCGGGACCGGUUAUGGAGAGCAACAAGGCCCAGGAAACUUUGGGCAGAAUAACGUUUCCACUGCGUUCGGCGCCACGCACCCCGUUUACGGUUUCGGCGGACCGCAACGCGGCAACUUCGGGCCGAACAGCGCUCCCGCUGCGCUGGGAGCCGCCGGGUGGAACACGGCGUCUGUUUUCAACCCCCUUCAAAACGGAGGUGUGGUUGGGAUGCUAGGUGCCAAUGGCGGCGGGAACAGUGUCGGAGGGCGGCUGAGGUCAGCCCCAGAAGCCUUCGGAUUGGGUGCGGGUCCGAGCCAAGUCGUACCUCGCGCGGGAUAUGGGAGACUAGCACAAAGGCCGCCGGCCAUGGUCCGGGGCGCGAACGGCGGCCGCGAUGGUAGCCCUGGACAGCCGCAUAACAGGGCAAACGAUCCUGGUCAGACUGUCAGGUUGGCAACGUCCGUGGCCGCUGGUAUGGCCGGAGGCCCCUUCGGAGGCUUCGUCCUGGGACAUCAUUCCCCUGGCGCGCGUCAACCGCCGAUACCUCCGGGUGGCAUUCAGGCGUGGACGGGGGGAUUUCCUCAGGCGGGAGGUGGCAGCCCGGGGGGAGCGAGGAUGACAGGUGUUAAUGGGGGCGCCAGCCCUCCUGUUGUUCAGCAGACUCCGUCCCCAAAGCCGCAGCACCACCAACAACAGCCUCACAUGCAGCAGCAGCAGCAGCAGCAGCAGCAGCAGCAGCAGCAGCCAUUCUACGGCUCCUUCGCUGGCGGCGUUACUCCGCCAGGAAGCACCGGUCUCAUGGUUCCCUCUACCCAGCCCACUAUGCAAGUCGCCAGGUGGCAGCAGCCAGCGUCACAGCACAUCGUCACUAGCGUCGUCGCCACAGCGGCAUCGGCGGCAAGCAAUCCCCCGCUAUCCAUGGCAGAAGGCGGAAACUCGGGCCUUGCCGCAGAGGCCGCACCCUUCAUCCCGGCAGGAGCUAUGGGGGUUGGAAGCCCGGCUAUGUGGGGGAUGGCGGGACCGCAAACUCAGCAACAGCCAACCGGUGUGGGUGCCCCUUCUCCAGGAGCGGCAUCGGUAAACGCGAUAAACCCAACAAUGCUGACCCUGCCGACAAUGGGGGGCCAAGGUGUGAGCUUUGGUGCCUCAGCCGUACCGCCCGGACGGCCGACUCCGUCCCCGGCAAGGUUUGCCACACAGCAAGGUUUGCAGCAGGUUCAGCAGCAACAGCAUCCGCAACAACAGCAACCGCUUCUUCAUCAACUGCAGCAGCAGCAGCAGCAGCAGCAGCAGCAGCAGCAGUGGCUGAUAGCCGGGACAGGGGGUAUGGUUCCUGCACAAAGCAGCCACCCGCGGCCUCCUAGAGGCGCACAACUUUCUGGGCCCAGGCCUUCCCAGGGUAGCCCUUCGGGUGGCUGGGGAGCGGCAGGCAAAGCUCAUAGCAUCGCGGUUAGAGGAACAGCAGUACCAAGUUCCAACUCAUCGAGAAGGCCAACUGGCACCGCGGUGCAUGGAAGAGGAAGCCCGGGUAGGCAAGGAAACGGAGGUUGUACCUCUGGUGGUAGCACAGCAGCACAGAACGUCGGGUCCUCGACAGCUGCUGCGGGUAAGAGGGCCAAGAAGACCAAUUCGCAGGCGCUGUAUGUCCCGAAAAGGUCGACGCCCCGUGGACCUGGGUCUGAAAGCAAUGCGCAGCCAAAUGCUGGGUCUGCUUCCGUUGCCGCUGUGCCUGCCGCGGGCUCGUGACGUGAAUGCCUGUUAGAUACACCCGAUUUUCGGCGAAACAUGAGAGCUUGAGUGUUUUUUCGCGGGCGUCGUUGUAUGUGUUUUGAGCCGGGUGCGUGGCUGUGGCGGAUAAUUCAUUGUGCCAUUCCUUGCGCUUGUGAAAAGUAUGCGAAGUACACUGGUGUCAAAAAUAAGUUUAGGGGGCGGGGAAGAGAAGUGAGUGUUUUUUUUUUUUUCGAUUUUUCAUCGUGCCGGUGCUUCGCGAGUCAGUUUUUUCAAUGAACUGAGGGCGUGGGAAUGUUGUGUCCGGACGAUGUGGUGUGGUCUUGCGAAGCCUUCUGGAUUGGAACGUUUCUUUCGCAUCCCACACGCCAGCUAGCGAUAGUCGAUGCCUGGGCCGGGCGAGGUAGAGGGAUCUGGGAUGUUGCACAACGCCAGCCGGAGCUACAUGGGUAUAUAGAAGUUUCGUUUUUCGAAGCACACGCAUGCGUGCGUUGGAUGAAUUAAUUCAUACGCAUACAUUCGUCAUU